ACACAGAAAUAUGUGUUUGAUUCAGUGCUCUCAAUCUUUGGCAAAGAUGUGGCAGAAAACAUCAGGAUCCUGGUGACAUUUGCAGACGGUCAGCGACCUCCAGUUCUAGAGGCGAUCAAUGCUGCAGGAGUCCCAUGUCCUAAAACAAAAGACGGACUUCCAACUCACUUCAAGUUCAAUAACUCAGCGCUUUUUGCACAGAAAGGAUCAUCUGAAGAAGUCAGUUGGAGGAAGGGUAAUAAAGGAGGCUUUGAUCAGAUUUUUUGGGAAAUGGGGGCAGAAAGCAUGAAGAGUUUUGUUGCUGCUCUGAGUUUUAUACAAACUAAAAGCUUGACACUGACAAAGGAAGUCCUCAGAGAAAGAAAGCAGCUCGAGAUUUCAGUUGAGAAUCUGCAGGAGCAGGUGAAACGUGGGUUAGCCAAGCUUGAGGGGAUAAAAGAGACGAGGGAAAAACUUAAAGAAUAUGAAGCAGAGAUCGGCAGAAAUGAGAACUUUGAGUUUGAAGUUACUGUCAAAAAGCCUGUUCAGGAGGACAUUUCUGGCUCUGGAAACUACAUCACCAACUGUCAGCAGUGUCAUGUCACCUGUCACUAUCCAUGCACCAGAGCAAAUGAUGCAGGUUUAAGAAACUGUCCAGCAAUGGGAUCAGAUGGAUACUGUACUCAGUGUCCAGGCAAAUGUUACUGGAAUGUACACUUUAACCAGAAGUACAAAUGGGAGUAUAAAGACGUUAAAGAGAAAAAAACAAUAAAAGAGAUGAAAGAAAAGUAUGAUAGAGCCAGAGGAGAGAAGAUGACUGUUCAGAAAGUGAUUGAUAAACUGAAGGCUGAGUAUAAAAGUUUGCAGGCUGACGUAGUGAAACUGAUGGAGGAAUCUUCCAAGUGUCUGAACAGACUUAAAGAGAUAGCACUGAAGACAAACCCUCUGUCCACUCCAGAGUACAUCGACAUGCUUAUUGAAGGAGAGAAAUCUGAGGGCAAACCAGGCUGGAAGCAACGAGUUCAGUCUCUGAGGUCCAUGAAGGAAAAAGCAGAGCUCACAGCUAAAAUAGAGGAAGGAAAGAAACUCCUUCACCACUUUGAACAGAGAUGA